UACCAGGGUUUACAAUUAUAGAAGCUCUUUCCUUAUAUAGGCUGAUUCUCAAAUCUGAAAGACAGUCCGAAAAACGACGAUUGCCAAGCCCGCUUUUGUCUCCAUCAAGUAGGAAGAGGCCGGGAGAGAGAGAAGGUGGAGAUCUACAGGUAGAGGGAUCGGAGACGAAUGGGGAGAGGAAAGAUAGUGAUAAGGAGGAUCGACAAUUCGACGAGCAGGCAAGUGACGUUCUCGAAGCGAAGGAAUGGAUUGCUGAAGAAGGCGAAGGAGCUAGGCAUCCUGUGCGACGCGGAGGUCGGAGUCAUCAUCUUCUCCAGCACCGGCAAGCUCUACGAUUACGCUAGCUCCAGCAUGAGGUCAGUGAUUGAUCGGUACAAGAAAGUAAAGGAGGAGGAUUACCAAUUGGCAAAUCAAACUUCUGAGGUCAAGUUCUGGCAAAGAGAAGCAGCCAUGCUAAGGCAACAACUGCAAAACUUGCAGGAAAAUCAUCGGCAAAUGAUGGGUGAAGAACUUACUGGUCUGAGUGUGAAAGAUUUACAAAGCUUGGAGAACCAGCUGGAAAUGAGUCUUCGUGGUGUCCGUACAAGAAAGGACCAAAUUUUACUUGAUGAGAUACAUGAACUAAACCAAAAGGGAAGUCUCAUACAUCAAGAAAACCUGGAACUAUAUAACAAGGUAAACCUAAUUCGUGAGGAAAACCUGGAAUUAUAUAAGAAGGUUUAUGGAUCAAGGGGCAAGAAUGGAAUAAGCAGGAAUGCCAUCCUUACUAACGGUUUAAGUAUUAAUGAGGACCCACAUGUACCUGUCAAUCUCCAGCUUUGCCAACCACAGCAACAAAACUCUGAGAACACAUCAGGAGCUACGGAAUUAGGAUUACAACUGCACUAGUGGAAAAGAUACUGACUCCAGAAGAGUGUAUGAACAAUCCAUUUCACUGAAUCAAACUCCAUGGUCACAAAUUUAUAACUCAGUUGUAAGGAUCUUAUAAGAACCAAAGGUUGUCCAGGAACACUUCAAUUGACAUGGUUUGUGCAACCAGGUUUGGUCUGCGAGGUAACCAAAGUAUAGUUACCUAUGUCAUGAUGACUAAAUAAAAAUGAAUGUUGAGCACUGCAAUCAUACUAGGAACUACAUAUUAUCCAGUGCUUCAUAACCAUAUUCUUUUUCAUUUUCUAUUGGUAAGUGCAUUAGAAAUAUAAGUUAUGUCUCUGUUGAACUGAA